AGAAAAUGCAAACACAAAUUACAACAAACUUUCAUCUAUAUAACGCCUCUAUAUCUCUCCCAUUAAUCAAACGUCUAACUUCCUCUAUUUCUCUCCAUCUCCCUUCCUCUUAAUUUCUGUUUUCAACCUUCAAAGAUGUGUUUGAAAUCUUCAGAACCAUUUUCAGACACACCCACGAGAUUAGUUUUGUACCUCAAAACACAAAGCCACGUUCGUAUCCCUCGUCUCUCCAGGAGGAGAAGGAUGUGGCGGGAAGAAAAGGAAAUGGAGAUGAAGAAUAUAAGGCUUUACAUGGAGAAUCAAAACAUCAUUCAAGAAAACGAGAAACUCAGGAAGAAAGCUCUUCUUCUUCACCAAGAAAACAAAGCUCUCUUGUCUCUGCUUCAGACCAAAAAUAUAUCCCCUGUUCCAUAAACAAAGACCUUACCAUCACCAAUCAUCAAGAUCCGAGGGCUCUAAAGAACACCAGAGUCUUAUUAUCUAAGUAGGUCUUAUAAUUUACAAGCAAGGGUUUAGUAUUACUGGGUAUACAUCUUUUUUUUUUGUUUUUUUUGUUUUUAAGUUUCAUCUUUGAUGUAAUCUCUUUAUUUGUGUUCUUUUGUUAAUGGUUAAUGUCAAUUUUCAAAUAAAGUUUUUUAUUUUCUCUA